AUGGCGCCUCGCGGCCGUCGCGCUGGGGGCGAGGGCUCGGAAUCCCAGGCCUUUCACGAGCUUGGUGUCCGUGGUCGGAAAACAGGCGUUGCGCUGCCCAACACGGGAGAGGUCGAUGCUCAGGGCAUGCAACCACUCGACGCCCUCUUCUCCUCGCCAACGAAACAGCCCGCGUCAGCCAACGGUGUAGAUGACGAUGAUGAGAAUGACGACGAGUCGGGAAGCGAGGCCAUGAGCAUUGAGACAAGCGCUGGGCCAGGUCCACGAACUCUCCUCAAGAAUCAGCGCAACGACCACUACCCAAUCUCGCAAGAUCGCUCGCCCCUCAAAACCACCCUGCGAUCACCUGCCAGGCGAAACCCACACAUGUCAUCGCCCAUUGCAGAAGACCGCGAUGUGACAGUCACGCGCAGGAUCAACUUCCCGUCAACCGCGAAGCGCAGCAAGACCAACGGGACGAAUGGCGCGGCUGCAGCUGAGAUGGCCGAGCAGGAGGCGGCCACUGACGAACAUGAUGAUGAUAUGGACAUGAUCGAGAACGGGUUGGACGCGCAGCACGAGGACGAUGGUAGUGACGGUGAACUUGGCGAGGACAAUUUGCAAGAUGCCGAAGAGGUGUCUCAAGCUGAAGAUGAAGAGGAGGCGGCUCCAGAAACCGAACCCCAGCCCGAGCCUGAGGUUGAGGUUGAGCCUGUGAAACAAGCGCCAGCCAAGGCCGCAAGGGGUCGUGGGCGUCCAAAGGCAACGCCUGCCGCACAAGUGGAGGAUCAGCCCACGCCAGAGGCGACACAGCCUAAAUCAUCGGAAAAGAAGAAGAGGGGACGUCCAUCCAAGAAGAGCAAGGAGGCUGCUGUCCACGAAGCGCCGCCCGCUCCCAAAACGACGGCCGAACGUAAGAAGCGGCCGCCGUUGAACGCUAACAGCGACAAAGACGGUGAUCAGGAGCCUCCAGCGGAGGAGAGCCCGCGAGCGAAACGCCAGAAGACGACCCAGGCAUCGCCAGCUCCUGCGGCUUCUAAACUACCACCCAAAUCAUCAACUGCACCAAAAGCAAGAUCACGCGGGAGACCACCAGGUCGCAAACCAAAGGUGGCCAAUGCGGGAGGCGACGAUGCCGGGGAAGCAUCACUUCUGGACUUACAAAAGGGUCCGCCCAUGCCCAAGCGCAGAGGACUCAUGUCUGUGAAGCGGGAUCCCGAUGCCAUCUUGCAGACGAGGUCCGGACGUCACACUUACAGGCCUCUGAGCUGGUGGGAGGGCGAAAGGGCCAUCGAGGAGGACGUGCAACAGCCUGAUAUAUUCCGCAAAAAGGACCAAGAUGGAUUCGUCCUCAAGUCCAUGAAGGAGAUUGUACGUGUCCACGAAGAUGAACCCGAACCAACAAAGCGCGGCCGUGGGUCCAAGUCUGGGCGGAAACCUGCAGCGAAAGCCAGAGCCGCCUCGGUCAAGGAACAGGACGACACUGAGCCCCUCGAGGACUGGGAGACCAACGAGGGCAGAAUCGUGAGCGAGGUGAUAGCCUGGGACCCAGAGUAUGAGACUCAGCCUCCUGGCGACGAGGAGCCCGUCGACAUCAGCGAGGAAGAGAUUGCCAUCUCGGGCGAGGCUGUUCAGACUCGGGAAAUCCGCGACGCGACUUUCAAGUUUGCAAAGACGCUCACCAUGCCCUUCAUGGGCGCUGGCAUCGUGGAUUUACCGCCAGGAGCCGUCAAGAGGCCCAAGAACUCGCGCAAGAUGCACAUGGUCUUCUUUGUGCACACGGGUAAGGUCUCCGUGGCCGUGAACGAGACAGAGUUUGCGAUUUCGGCUGGCGGCCAGUGGUUUGUCCCACGAGGCAACUACUACACAAUCAGGAAUGAGUACUCCCAACCGGCUCGCAUCUUCUUUGCGCAGGCCUGUGAGCUUUCGUCUACAUCACUGCAGCCAGACAUGUCGCAGUCCAUGCUGAUGGCGGAUUCGUAG